UCUCCCUCUAUCUACACCGCUCUCUCGCUACACCGCUCUCUCUCUCUCUCUACACCGCUCUCUCUCUCUCUACACCUCUCUCUCUCUCUCUCUCUACACCUCUCUCUCUACACCUCUCUCUCGCUCUCUCUCUACACCUCUCUCGCUCUCUCUCUACACCUCUCUCUCUCUCUCUCUCUACACCUCUCUCUCCCUCUAUCUACACCUCUCUCUCUCUACACCUCUCUCUCUCUCUACACCUCUCUCUCUCUCUACACCUCCCUCUCCCUCUCUCUACACCUCUCUCUCUCUAUCUACAUCUCUCUCUCUCGCUCUCUCUCUCCUUUCUAUACCUCUCUCUCUCGCUCUACACCUCUGUCUCUCUCGCUACACCUGUCUCUCUACACCCCCCUCUCCCUCUCUCUCUCUACACCCCUCGCUCUCUCUCUCUACACCUCUCUCUCUCUCUACACCCCUCUCUCUCUCUCUCUCUACAUCCCUCUCUCUCUACAGCUACACCUCUCUCUCUGUCUCUCUCUACCCCUCUACCUCUCUCUCUCCACCUCUCUCUCUCUCUCUACAUCUACACCUCUCUCUCUCUCUCUACCCCUCUACCUCUCUCUCUCUCUCUACACCUCUACCUCUCUCUCUCUCUCUCUCGCUACCUCUAUCUCUAUGUAAUGACCGGUUAAAAGUCAUGUUCCAAGGGUAUAAAACCCUCACCACCAGAGUGACGGUGUCAAACUACUGUUCCCUAGUUAUUAGUCAUUAUUGAGCCAAGGUAGAUAUUUUACAUUAGAAAAGUCGCUCCCACCAAGGGCCAGCAGCAGUAGUAAUCCAUACGGCCAUAAAAAUAUCCAUUUCUCCGAGUCGUAACAACAUAAUCCACAUUGCGUUUGCCUGUUGGAAUUCCAGUAAGCCACUUAGAAUCGAAUAUAUUGACUUGCUAUAACGUACUAUAACUUAAAGUGAACAAUAUGUAUUUGAUGUGGUUGAGACUCAGCACCCCGAAGAAAGUUAUCUCUCUAUCAGCACCUUCCUUCUGGAUUGUCCUUGCUCCAUCACUAGUUUGUCUUCUUCCUGUUUGCUCUUCUCUCUGAGGUUCUCCAACUCCCUCUGAAGUUCAUAAAGUUCCUUACUGGCCUUCUGAAGAAAAAAAAAAAAAGGUAAACUCAUAUGAUGCAGACAAGUGAGUACGUGUUUAAAUCUCGAACCAAUUUCUGCAUGCUGUGUCCUCGCUUCAUGGCGUGUAGUUGUCGCCUGCUCCACUCCACUUCCUCCUCCAUGCGGCCCAGACGCUGCAGCAGCUGAUGGUGGGUGAAGGAGAGGGUCUCAUGGCGUUGGAUGACGGGCGUGACCGCGCAGUCUGAGUCCUUCUCGGGAUGAUCUAAGCCGCUGCAGCAGUACAAGUAUCACUUUUUGGAGCUGGGUCUGUGAGCACGCCGUCGCAUCGGAUGUCUGAGUGGACUAUAAAGCGUCUUCUGGGAUGAUCGCAGUCAGCAGAUAUGGGUCUCUUUAUCAGAGACUGAACGUGGACGUCAAAAACAGGCUGGAUGUCCGCCCUCUUCCAAUAUCGGGGAGCAAGCUAAACCAGCUCAGGGAUGUCGACCCAGUGGUACUCGUCAUCCGAGGAGGUGAUGUGGAGGCUGUUAAUGAGCUCGUUACAUCUUCUCCUCAGAGGCUGAUGAGGGAGAACACAGACGGCUGGAUCCCCCUGCAUCAUGCUGCCUUCAGUGGGCAGCUUGAGUGCCUGAGGACCUUACUUAAAGCGCAUCCAGGUUCUGCAGACAAGCGUACUUUGCAGGAACAGACGGCUUUGCUGCUCGCGGUAUCUGGUGAACAUUUAUCAUGUGUGAAGUGUCUUCUGGAGUCUGGAGCUGAUCCUGACAUCAGCAGCAAGAAUAAAGAAACCCCUUUGUACACAGCCUGCAGGUUGGACAACGUGGACAUGGUGACCCUCCUUCUCUCCUUCGGGGCUACAGUAAACCAGCGCUGUGCUCAGGGUUGGACAGCCCUCCACGAGGCCGUGUCCACGAGCAACAUCGCAAUGUGUGACAUCCUCAUCGAAGCCGGCGCCACGGUCAACCCUUGUAACUCUUACAGCAUCACGCCACUCAUCGUAGCAGCUGAGCUAGGAUGCUCAAAGGCGGUCAAUUACCUCAUCGGAAAAGGCGCAGAUGUAAACAUGCAGACAUGCGACGGCGUCACAGCACUGCAUGAGGCUAGCAAAAAUGGCCACAAGGACAUCGUGGAAGUGUUGUUGUCCAAAAAUGCAGACGCGAAUAAGCACGCCGACUCGGGAUUGCUGGCUCUGCAUGUAGCAGCUCAACAUGGACACAAAGACAUCGUGUCUCUGCUUGUCCCCGUGACCAGCCGCACCCGGAUUCGCCACAGUUGGAUCAGUCCUCUGCACCUGGCAGCGGAGCACAACCAACCCCGAGCAGCAGCUGCGCUCCUCAAGGCGGGCGCGGAUGUCAACGCCACGCUGGGCCCCUCUCGCGCCACGCUCUACCCUGACGGACGCGUGACAGCGCUCUACUUCGCGGUCGCUAACAGCUCCGCGGAAACCGUAGAGCUGCUCUUAAACGCGGGCGCCAGACUGGACUUGGACCCUAUCAGUCCUCUGCUGCAAGCCGUGCACGACGGCAGUAUGGAGACCGUGACGCUUUUGCUACAGAGAGGCGCUGACGUCAACGUCAGGAUGCCAUCUUGGGCGACAACGUUCCCCGCGGUUGUUGCGCUAUGCAUGGAUAAUCUGCCUCUACUCAAGUGCCUUCUGGAUAACGGAUGCGAUGCGGUGUCCUGCUUCACGUGCACAUACGGUCCGGGUUCUCAUCCGGAACAAUCUCAUAUGAGAACUAUCGGUAGUUCUCUUCACUUACGCUGCACCGACGCACCACAACAAACCACCACACAGUUUUGUGAAUGGAUUGCAACAUCGCUUAUGAGAAAAUUCGCCGGACCGAUCGUAGACUUGCUGCUGGAGUACGUCGCUCAUGUUGGAUUGUGCAGCAAACUCACGCAACUGCUGGACAGCCACCAUGAAUGGAGAGAUGUAAACAGGAAGUCAGUGUCACCUCGUUCACUGCGGCACCUUUGCAGAUUAAGUAUUCGCACCCAAGUGGGCCCACGUAGACUGAGAUCCCUCACAAGCUUACCUCUACCAGGAAGACUGAUAAGAUACCUCACCGGGAUGGACUGAUAAGAUGACCUCCAUGAAGUACAUUUUAUAUUUGUCUGUGUCCUAUUUUUAAUCAUGUCUAAUAUAUCUGUAAAGCAUUCUAUCUAUUUAUAAACUCUUAUGAUGUGACUUUCUCUUUUGUUUUGUUUUUUUCAACUUUCAUUUCAUAGGAAAAACCUCGAUAAAAAUUAACUUAAACCCACGGGACUUCUUGUGGGAAUCGUUUAUUUAAGAAAUGAAAGCAUGUGUAUCAAACAUUACUGCGACAAAGAGGAGCCUAAAAGUAGAAACCUGUCAACUUACUGUGCGGGAUCAGAGAAACAAGAACAUGAAGAAGUGCAUUUUAGUCCUCUAGAAGUGAGCCAAAAAUAGUAUUCCAUUAAGUGCUUGAGGAAGUGUCUCAUUAUUGAUUGCUGAGAUGACAAGAAUUAGUCGUAUUUGUGUUUAAAUGAAGCCAAAGACGCUGAAGAUCGGCGACGGGAUAGCGGGCUUGGUGGGUAUGGGUUUGACGACAACGUGCGUAUGAAUCUUCUGCUCCGGUCUCUCAGGUUCCGUUUUACACCACAGUCCUAUAGCGGGAUGCGGCACCAUGAUGUGACCCUGGAUGACCUGCUGGUGGUGGUGGUGAUGGUGGUGGUGGUGGACUUGGAAAGGGCAGCAAGCACACACGUUGAACCCGCGAUGAGAGAUACGUUCCAGUUUCAGAGCCUCUUUGGAGAUCUUUGCGUCCUCAUCAUGACCUUUUCUGAGAUCUCUGGUGUCUGUGGAUGCUGGGUGAUUCAUUCUAAGUCCGGACUGGGAGUGAUCCCGCUUGGUUAUUUUGGGUUCUUCCCAGAAAGAGGCCGGAAGUUGGCGUUUCCUCAUUGGGACCUGCUCCACAGAACCGCACACAUUGUCUGCACUCGCACCCGCGUCCUUUUCUGGAACUUGUAAACCGGCGGCGCUCGUGGGUUUGGCGCACUGCGCAGAUCGGAGCGGGUGACAUCUCGGCACACGGGAGUAUUUCUGAGAGAAGCGCUUGAGCUGUUUCUGUAGGUACUUCCUGUGGUCCACCGAGCGUCUGCACGGAGCCGACUUAUCCAAAGCCGCCUUGAUGUCGCUCGAUGCGAGGUUCACAAAAUUGAGCAACGUUCUCACUUCGUUGUCUGCAUUUGCCAUUUUUAUCCGAUACUUCUGUUUCCGCGAUGAAUCGUCAAUCCAUGUUUUAAAAAUUGUAGUCCAUCAUCAAAACCUGCAGGUAGGGAAAGUGAAAUUAUUAUUUAUUUGACUUGCAGCUUGACAAAAAUAAAGAAAAAAAAGUUGACUUCUGUUAUGGCAAAUGAAUUGAUUUUUAGGCUUUGGUGACAGUAACCGAAAUCUAGAAGUCUGAGCAGAAAAUGCUCCAGAAAAUCAGGUUUUCAGGGAGUAAAGGGGGGCCCAGAUGUACUAUACCAGGGGUCUCAAACACGCGGCCAAAUGUGGCCCGCAGGACACUAGUUUGAGGCCCCCGCCUUGAUAUGAAAGUUUAAUGUUAGUGCGGCCCGCGCAAGUUUGAUAUGGAUGCUGUAUGGUAUCAUGUACCCAGAAAAAAUUAUUACGUUUGAUUAAUGUUCAUGUUAAAGGUUAAAUAACUCUUAAUAGUUAUCCUCCCUAUACG